AUGUUAAAUCAGCGAAAAGAAGGAAAGGCCGCCGCGCAAAAGGAGAUGACGUACAGGCAAAUGCAGGAGGCUAUACCCAAGCUUCUUGAAAGCAUUGAACAGAAAGAGAUUCGGCUCGUCCCCAACGCAUUCAACUCCAACCCGGAAUUCAUUGCAUACUUCCAAGCCUCGGCCAUUGGUGCUGUGCCUCUGAUUCUCCUGGAUCUUGCACAAUCUAUCAGAAGAAUCGGCGCAAGUCUUGGUGAAAUCAAAUCCGAGCUCGCCAUUUCAAAUAUAGCAAGGGUUCAAGGCUGGGCUGAUGAUGGCUUCGGGACAUAUGUGCACCGCUUUGUUCAGAACGAAAUGGCACCGACUGAGGGGCGUACAAGGAGAGGGAAUCACUUCUUCUAUGUCUGGAACCCUGAUAGUGAUUGGUAUCCGGAUUUUGAAAGAAGACAGAGACAGGAUCCGCAAGGACCAAACUUCGGUGGCUAUCAUCACGACCUAGCCACGAUUUGUCUCAGAAUGAGAGCGGACAGACGAACACUAAUUGCAACGACUGAUUACAGCAACAAUCCCGUGUUCCAUCUUAUCAUUCCGACUUACUACCCACUUGUGAUAGGCACGCUUAUCGCCUUUGCUGAAGAGCUACUUCCGCUGAUCAUUACUGGUAGUCGACAUCGAGGAACGGAUCUCGUCUGGUUCAACCUCGAUGGGCGCUCAACAUUUCCGAUCCCACAACUCGAAUUCAUUGGAGUAUUGCCUUUAGUCGAAAACCGUUUGAGUGCACGCUCUGCUGUCCAGCUGCAUUCCCCCCUUGCGCUGCUGCUGCCGAAGUCGUUUUGGCCUCAUGCUGGACCACCGGGAUGGCAUCGGGGCUGGCAAGGCCCACAUCCUACUCUCAAAUUCAUUUCUCAAGCAAUUGGAAAAGAGACUAACGUUGCCCCAGCUACGGCCAACUCAACAGUUUUGGCAUUUGUCAAUAGAGACAUGCAGCACACAAAUCCAGCCGUCGCAAUAACCAUGAUAGCCAAUCUAGCCGGUUGGCUAGUAAUCACAUUGCAAAUCACAACCGGCGCUAGUAGUAAAAACACGAUGAGUGGGCUCAAUAUCGCUCGAGCUACUUUCAUCGUUGAGGAACGAGAAAAUAUUUGA